AGCAUUCGUGUAUCUCUCUGUUACACCACUGUUUAUUGAGCACCUGCCAUGUGCCAGGGACUAAUCCAGAUGCUGGGGACAUAUCUAUAAACAAAACCGACUGCCCUCAUGGAGUAGGAAGGGAUGGAGAGUGAGAGAGGGACUGUUUUAGAUAACAUGGUCAGAGAAGACUGCUCUGAAGAGGUGACUUUUGAGCAGAGACCUGAAGGAGAUAAGGGAACAAGCCAUGCCAAAUUCUGCAUUGAAGAGCAUUCUAUACAGAAAGAACACCAAGUGCAGAGGCCCCGAGAUGGCCCGGAUCUGGUGUGUUCAGGGAGUAGCCGGGAGGCCAGUACGGCCUCAGUGGAUGAGGAAGGAGGGAGAGUGAUAAGAGAAGAGGUCAGAGAGAUAACGGGCCAGGUCACGUAGGAUCUGGUAGGCGUUGGAAAAAGCUUUGGAUUUCACUGAGUGAAACUGGCAUUGGAGGGGUUGAGCUGAGAGGUGCCAUAAGCUCGUGUUAAGUUAUAACAGUAACUGUUACAUGCUGAGCAGCAGACAGUGUGCUGGUGCUGUGCACCGCUUCACAUCCUGUGGGUCUUCCUACAUCCUUACAGCUACCCCAUGAAGUAGAUCCGAUUUUCACCUCAGAGGUGAACUUGCCCAAAGUCACAGAAUCAGUAAGCUUUGGGGCCAGGGUUCAGAUCCAGAUCCAGCUUACUCUGAAGCAAAGCAUCAUUCUACCUGCUGUAGACAGUGCCCUUGUGUGGGAAUCAGGAGUCCUCCAUUUGUGCCCUGGCCCUGCCUCACUGUUCUGCUCUUGUGCUUGAGUGACUCACUGCUAGAACCUGCUCCAGGUUCUUUAAGGCCCUGCCCACCUCGGAGAAGUCUCGUAGGGUGAAGGUAGGUAACAAUGGGACCAGUUUCUGAGCUAUAAAACUGUGCACACAUGAAGAAUAAUCUGCUCACAGUGAACUGGGCUCUUGCUUUUUCCUUCUCUUGGGUCACAACAUAAAUGAGAACAUGUAGUCUCUCUUCCUUCCACACACAUCUUUCUGAGGAUUGUUACCAUCUUUCUACACCUACAGGUUUAAUCCCUGAACAAGCAACUCCCAAAUCUCAUCUUUGUCUCUGACUUUGCUACUGGGCCUGGCAGCCUCCUGACUCACAUGUGGCUCCUUACAUCUUCCAUAUACACUGCUGACCUCAGCAUCUUCCUGCCAUUUCUCCUCCCGUAUCAAUGACAGCCCGCUGGGCCUUAUCCUGGACACCCCCCUUUCCCCUCCCCUCCUGCUCUAGUCAGACACCAGUGCUAUACAUGCACUGACUGUAUGCCUCCUGAAUACAUCUCUCCAUCAUCUCCUCUCCACCCUCACAGCAUCCAUCCCAGGUACAAAGUAAGCAUCCCAAAUCCAACAUGGUGCUCAAAGGAAAUACAUAUUGGAGCAUUUCAGAUUUUCCGAUUUGGGACGCUCAGCUGGUAAGUAUAAUGCAAAUAUUGUAAAAUCUGAAAAAAUCCAAAACACUUCUGGUCCUAAGCUUCUCAAAUAAGGGAUACUCAGCCUGUAUCAUGCUCUCUUUUCUGGCUUACUAGAAGCUCACACCCUCUCCUUGAAGACACUUUUCUUCUUUUCAAAGCACUUUUGUAUCAUGUUUGUUCUUCACCGUGAGCCAGUGAAGUGAUCAAGGUUUACUUAAGUGUCCUCAGUGUAUUGGUGAAGAACCAGACCCAGUGAGGGGCCAAGACUCUCUCGAGGUUGCUCAAGGAACCAGAGAAGGAACAGGACUCAGACUCAGGUUUCUCCCCGCUCUUAAGCAGAUUGGAGGAUGGCAGCGAAGAGACAAGCACGUCUGUCAUGCAGAAAACCCCCAUCAUCCUCUCAAAACCUCCAGCAGAGCGGUCAAAGCAGCCACCGCCUGCAACGGCCCCUGCUGCUCCGCCUGCUCCAGCUCCUCUGGAGAAGCCCAUCGUCCUCAUGAAGCCACGGGAGGAGGGGAAGGGGCCUGUGGCCGGGACAGGUGCCUCUACCCCUGAGGGCACCGCCCCACCACCUCCUGCAGCCCCUGCACCACCUAAGGGGGAGAAGGAGGGGCAGAGACCCACACAGCCUGUGUACCAGAUCCAGAACCGGGGCAUGGGCACUGCCGCACCAGCCGCCAUGGAUCCUGUUGUCGGCCAGGCCAAACUGCUGCCCCCAGAGCGCAUGAAGCACAGCAUCAAGUUGGUGGAUGACCAGAUGAAUUGGUGUGACAGUGCCAUUGAGUACCUGUUGGAUCAGACUGAUGUGCUGGUGGUUGGUGUCCUGGGCCUUCAGGGGACGGGCAAGUCCAUGGUCAUGUCAUUGUUGUCAGCCAACACUCCAGAGGAGGACCAGAGGGCAUAUGUUUUCCGGGCACAGAGUGCUGAAAUGAAGGAACGAGGAGGCAACCAGACCAGUGGCAUUGACUUCUUUAUUACCCAAGAGCGGAUUGUUUUCCUGGACACACAGCCCAUCCUCAGCCCCUCCAUCUUGGACCAUCUCAUCAACAAUGACCGCAAACUGCCUCCGGAGUACAACCUUCCACACACUUACGUGGAGAUGCAGUCUCUCCAGAUUGCUGCCUUCCUCUUCACGGUCUGCCACGUGGUGAUUGUCGUCCAGGACUGGUUCACGGACCUGAGUCUGUAUAGCUGUAGUGACCUCAUGGCUGUACCUCCUGCACCUCAGGACCUCUGUGCUCAUCUCUCAGCUGGAAAUACUCUACCGUUCCUCCAGACGGCAGAGAUGGUGAAGCCCUCCACCCCGUCCCCUAGCCACGAGUCCAGCAGCUCAUCAGGCUCCGAUGAAGGCACCGAGUACUAUCCCCACCUGGUCUUCCUACAGAACAAAGCUCGCCGAGAGGACUUCUGUCCUCGGAAGCUGCGGCAGAUGCACCUGAUGAUCGACCAGCUCAUGGCCCACUCCCACUUGCGUUACAAGGGUACGCUGUCCAUGUUACAGUGCAAUGUCUUCCCGGGCCUCCCGCCUGACUUCCUGGACUCUGAGGUCAACUUGUUCCUGGUGCCCUUCAUGGACAGUGAAGCAGAGAGUGAAAACCCACCACGAGCAGGACCUGGUACGAGCCCUCUCUUCUCCCUGCUGCCCGGGUAUCGUGGCCACCCCAGUUUCCAGUCCUUGGUGAGCAAGCUCCGGAGUCAAGUGAUGUCCAUGGCCCGGCCACAGCUGUCCCACACAAUCCUCACUGAGAAGAACUGGUUCCACUAUGCUGCCCGGAUCUGGGACGGGGUAAAAAAGUCCUCUGCCCUGGCAGAGUACAGCCGCCUGCUGGCCUGAGGCCGAAGGGAGGAAUGUCAUGCAGGGACCCUCCGGAGUCUCCAGUGGACGGCGAGGGAGCACUCCUGUCCUUCCCCCGGUGGGGUGGAGAGUGGCAGCAGGCCUCAUGGACGAGGGAUCGUGACCCCGCCCAGAGACAUGAGGUGUCCAGGACCAGGUCCCAACCCUCACUUGGGGGCAGUUCAGGGUGUGACUUUAAGAGAUCCCACCCCCAACCUGAGACGGGGCAGCCCAUCCAAAGUCCCCCACAGGGGCAAGCAGUGGGAGGAGUCUGAAUGGUCACCAGGAAUCCCAAAAUCCAUCUUGAUCUUCAGGGACAGAAGAAACAGGUCUGUCUUCCCUGACUCUAAGUCCUUCCCUAUAAGGUGAGGCAGAGUCUGGAGAGUCUUUAUUGGAGCCAAUCUGGUGGUUCAAAUAAACACAGUUAUACAAACCUG